AUGAUCAAAUUACUACGGUUAAGGCCCGUUGAAGAACCGAACCGAACAGAACCGAAAGAGUAUCGACUAAACGAAGACGUUUGGCCAUCGCAUUACGACCUCGAGAUAAAGCCGUACUUUGCAAACGAAUCGAACAAGUCUGCAUUCACGUUUGACGGUAUUACCACCAUAACGAUCACCACCUUUAAGGAAGGUGUUAGUAGCAUUAAACUUCAUCAGUCGGAACUGGACAUCCAGUCGUGGAACUUAUUGCGCAGAAGCAACAGCCAGAUGGUGCGGCGGUGGAAUGAAACGUACGAUCCGCAAACGGAAAUUCUAACGUUAGAACUGGCUGAACCAUUACUGCCGAAAGUUGAGUACUUGCUCACUUUCCACUACAUUGGGGUUAUUCAGGAAAAAUUGCGUGGCUUCUACAGGAGUUCCUUCAGCAGGAGUGGCGAACAGAUAUGGCUUGGUACGACCCAGUUCGAGCCUACGGAUGCGCGACUUGCCUUUCCUUGCUUUGAUGAGCCCAGAUUUAAGGCCACAUUCGAGCUGAAAAUUAAUCAUAUACCACUGGAAUAUAGUGUGUAUUCUAACACGCCCAUCAGAAGUAGCGUGGAUGUGGGCAAUAACCGGUCGUUGACAACGUUUGGAGUCACACCUAAAAUGUCAACCUAUUUGCUGGCAUUCAUUGUGGCACCAUUUGAGAUGACAGGAGAGGGCCAAAUUCGAAGUCUGACACGUCCCGGUAUUUCCAAUCAAACUAGUUACGCUGUGCAAGAAGGAUUGAAACUGCUUCAAUAUCUCGAAGAUUGGAUUGAUUAUCCGAUCGGUAAUUUCUAUGAAAUAUUUCCCAUUUAUAUGGCCGCCAUGCCUGACUUCUCUGCUGCAGCGAUGGAAAACUGGGGCCUUAUCAUCUACAGAGAGUCCUUCUUACUGUAUGAUCCCCUGGAGGACACCAGCUUAGAUCAGCAACAAAUCACGACCACAAUAGCGCACGAGCUGGCUCAUCAGUGGUUUGGAAAUCUGGUCACUUGCGACUGGUGGAGUGUCACCUGGUUGAACGAAAGUUUCGCAAACUACUUGGAGUAUUUCGGCACGGCUUUGGUGGAGCCUGAUUGGGAGCUGGAGCAGCAGUUUGUUGUGGAUUCGCUACAGAGUGCAAUGCGCAUGGAAGCUAGGGUAUUGACUCAUCCACUCACGAGUCCCGUUCACUCGCCAUUCGAUGCACUUCGAAAGUUUGACUACAUUUCAUACGAUAAAGGUGCCGCUGUGCUGAGAAUGGUGGAGCAUUUUCUCACCAAACCCAUUUUCCAGUUAGCUUUGAGGGAGUAUGUCAAAGCACAAGCGUUUCAGACCGCACGUCCAGAUGAUCUGUUUGCAGUAUUGGACCGCCACAAGGCUAAUACUAGCGCCUACAUUGAACCGUGGACAACACAACCAGGUUUUCCACUCGUGACGGUCUCCAUGACGGAGGGAGGAUUCACUUUGACACAGAAACGGUUCUUUGCGAAUGGGACGGACAACAACGAGAACUCGCUGUGGCCUAUACCUGUAACCUAUGCCACCAAGCCGGAGGAUUUCGCCAACACCAUGCCGACGUUCGUCACUGCGGCCUCUUAUGACGUGCCGAUCCCAAAUGCUUCUAGUGUGCGUUACUUCAUAGUCAACAAUCAGCAAGUGGGCUACUACCGGGUGAACUACGAGCCGAAGCUAUGGGAUAAGAUUAGUAACGCCCUGCGGAGUGACAACUAUGGUGGCAUCCAUGUUCUCAAUCGUGCACAAAUUGUGGACAAUCUGUUCAACUUAGCCGCGGCAGAUGUCAUGAGUUACGCCGCAUCACUGAAGAUCCUCGACUAUCUAAAGACAGAAACCGAAUAUUUACCCUGGCUGGCGGCCGUUUACGGUUUAGAUAAGCUUUCCCAAAAAAUUCAACCAGACGACGAAAAACUGUUUUCGGACCACAUUCUGGACAUUUUUGAGACAGUCUAUAGGAAGGUGGAUUUCCGACCACCAGUAAACUCGGAACGCCGAGUAAAUUCUUAUCUACGUCGGAAGGUACUUCAAUGGACAUGCCGGCAUGGACACGAAGACUGCAGGCGAAAGGCCGUUGAGGAAUUUGAGCGAUUCCGCAAAAAUCCUAGCGUGAAGAUUCAUCCUGAUCUUCGUGAUAUCGUGUACUGUGAAGGGGUACGCAAGGGCUCGGCCAUCCAGUUUGAUUUUCUUCUGAAUCGCUACCAAACGAGCAAUGCGACCAAGGAAAGGGACCUCAUAUUAAAAGGGCUAAGUUGCGUCGAAGAAAAUGACCUUAUACACAAAUAUUUGAGCUUUAUGCUUUCUCCGAACAUGAGUGAAAACUUGUGGCGUUCAGUUGUUAACAACCCCCGUAUGGUUUCGUCCGCGAUAACCUACAUUGUGGAAAACAGCGAAGCUUUGAUGGAGCUGUAA